GCAGAGAUGGUUAUUGUGGUUGAUUUCGCUGCUUUGCGCUGAAAUGGCAGCAUCGAGCUGUAUACUCCCCAAGGAGCUGAGAUAGUGUUUGGAAUCUUUCAUAGGCCCAGUGAGCAGGGGUAAUAAUAAUGGAUUGUACCCAGAUCGGUUUUCCAGAUAAGUGCGCUGUAUAAAUGUAUAUUAUUUUUGAUAUUAACUAUACUGCUUAAUACGACCGUGGCGCGUUAGAAGUGCAUGUACUUUGAAAGUACUCGGCAAGUACUCUUGGAAACUAUUGUGUUAAAACUCAGGUGUAUGUAGUUAUGAUUAUCCAAAUUCCUUAAUUUCUUUUGUUAUGAAUGUUUUGUUCAUCGUCUGUAUUAUUUAGUAUCUUAUAAUACCUUGCAGUAAAUUCAGUGUUUUCAGUGUACUUGCCUACAUCUCUGGUCCCAACCACACCAUUUAUGACUGUAUGGCUCAUAGAUCUAACAAUAGCAAUAGCAAAGCCUAUUCAGCUUAAAACCAGUCCCUCAUCAGUAAUUAAAAAUUAACUUUUUUAGUCGAGUGGAGAGCAAUGGUCAGGCCACUUUGCUCAGAAACUGCUUUUAAUUGCAGCUUUUUUAAAAUCUUUUUGAUUGAGUGUCGUUGCCCGGCACUUGCCGGGGCUCAUAGGACAGAAGAAGUACCAUCUGAAGAAUGUGUAACAAAAGGAUUUGUGUACACAAAACUUGACUUUGGACUUGCCUGUCUAAAAAAAAAAGGUACAAAGAAUGUAGGUCGGGUCAGGGGUGGUGAUUGUAAAGCAGUGACUUAGAUGUGCAGAUGGUGGCGAUGUAGGGGCCAUCUUUGAUCCACUCUUGUCAGCACUGCAUCUGAUUUCCAGACUAGCGGCCGUUUUUUCUGCAUACUUGUGGGCUUUUACACAAUCUGAGAAAUUCUAUGAUUACACGCAUGCAGCGCGCAACAAGCCCUUUUUGGGCACCUGUGAUGUCGCUGUUUGACAAUGCUGUCAUUGGCUGGCUGACCUCGCACUUCUGUGUGUGGUGGCGAAGGAAGCAACCUCCAACCCAGGGAUUUGUGGCGCCGGGAUUCGAGCCUGUUGCAGAGCUGUUCAGGAAGAAUUUUGAGACUGGGGUGGAGCACAGCACAGGCGGAUCUGCAUUCAGUGUUUACCAUGAGGGGUCAAAGGUCGUUGACCUGUGGGGCGGCUUUGCAGACACGGACGUUCGGCAAGUGUGGAAGGAGGACACAAUGACUGUGAUAUUUUCAGCAACCAAAGGAAUUGCUGCACUGUGUAUUGCUAUGCUGGUGGACAGGGGACUUCUUGACUAUGACCAGAAAGUGUCCUUUUAUUGGCCGGAGUUUGCUCAGCAUGGCAAGAAAAACAUCACUGUGCGAAUGCUGCUCAACCACGAGGCUGGGCUGGCUGCAACUUCUCAGCCAAUCAGCCUUCGACAGCUGAAGGACCAGGAUGCCCUGGGCCGACUGCUGGCCGAGUCCCCGCCUCGCUGGUCCCCAGGGGUAGGUCACGGCUACCACGCCUUCACCUUCGGCCUGUACUGCAGCCAGCUCCUGAUGCGCGUUGACCCCCAGCACAGGACCCUGGGCCAGUUCUUCAAGGAAGAAGUUGCUGAUCCUUUUGACAUUGAUAUACACAUUGGCCUUCCCUUGGAGUUGAACUACCGUGUAGCCCGGCUGACCGGUAUCAUAGACUCCCCUCUCCGAUUGAGCUACAUCCCCCGGGACGUCGGGUCGUGGCAUAUCGUCUGGGCAUUCUUGACGGGGCGGAGCUUCAUUCACGAGGUCAUCCAUAAAUCCACCGAUCUCAUCAAGUUCAGCAAAUUGAUCCAACCUGAAGCGAGGGCACUGGAGAACCCUUCCUGCUCUGGCAUCGGAACCGCCAGGGCUGCGGCAAAGGUUUAUGGGAUACUCGCCAAUGGCGGGCAGACACCAGAUGGGCAGAGGUUGUUGUCUGAUGAGCUGGUGGAGGGGAUUUUGACAAAGGCUGGCCCACCCUCCGUCGACAAGGUCGUGGGUGUGGAAACCAAUUUUUCAAGUGGAUUUUUGUUGCUCAAGUGUGAGGGUAGUCAGCAAUUUGGUCACCCCGGUGCGGGGGGCCAGCAGUGUGUAGCUGAUCCCCACUACAAGCUCGGCAUGGGCUACGUAUCCAGCCACUUCUCACCCUAUGGCUUGGGGAACGAUCCAAGGUUCCUCUCCCUCCAGAAGGCCACCUAUCAAUGCAUCCGUAAUCUGGAAGCGAAAGGACCUUGAAAAACUUCAAUCUUCAAUCACAACCUUGUUCUUUAGUGAUAUAAAAUGCAUAACCUGGCUGUAAACUUCCUACUGACAGUACUUUCCUAAAAUAUAAAAAGGAGAUCGAAUCGAUUCAGUCCCAAGUCAAUGACGUGUCAAUACGUAUGUCAAUUUUCAGGCCAGUUCAAGGGUCAUUGCAGAACUGAAGAUAUAAACAAUGAUGGAAGAAUACCUUCAUUUAAAUAGUUCGUGAGUUGACUCAAGACCGCAUGACUUGUGGUGACUGAUUUACAACUGCGCAUUUUGAUUCUGGCGAAUUGUUCCUCAAAGCUGUAUCUUGGAGUUGAUGGUUAGAAUGAAAAAUUGAUCAGACCCUCUAAAUUUGUUGACACCUUUUUUCUUCUCCCUUGUUGGCAGUUGAAAAGGGUGUGUCAGAAAUUUCAGGCCUGUCAACAAGGAAUAUGAUAUCUAGAAUUUUAAAACUUGCUUCCCGGUCUGUUCAUUAUUUUGUAACCAGCAGAGGAUAUGUUGGUUUUGUACCCUAGAGACAAAGCAAGCAGGCCAGAUCUGAACAAAAGGAGCGAAAGGAUCCCGGUGCAACCCUAAGAUGUUACAGCCCCCAAAAAAAUUCCAUAAAGUUCUGAAAGAAAAAUGGCUGAGUUGACUGUGGGGCAUUUCCUUCUCUUGAAUUUUGGACAAUCCAACCCUGUGUUUGUGUAUAUACAAUUCAUGUAAAUAGCUGCAGCAAACAGCGUACGUGGCCCAACUGCAGUGGGCUGAAAUACAUCAGUCAUAAAACCGUGCAGAGGGAGGCAGGGUGGCUUCUGCCUGAAAAAAACAAAAACAAAAAAACUAAACAUUCCAAAAUAAACACAAAAGGAGAUGAAAACCAUUUCUUUGUCUCAAACUAUAUCAGAAUUGACCGCUUUCCAUCAGGUUUAUGGUUGCCUGUUUGGCUAGCCCCCGACCUUUCCUUCAACUUUCAUGCGAGCCCUUAUUUAAAAAUUUCAUUCUCAGUUGUAAUGAGAAUGCUUUCCGCGGACCAAUACUCCUUGAGGUUUUAUCUUUUCCCCCACCCCCUUCUUGUGAAUGGUAGAUUCUUGAAAAAUUUCUUGUUCCACACAGUUGCCUGUGUUUUCUUUUUAUGGCAUAUAAUGCUCGUCUAUAAACUUCGCAGUGUCAGUUCACAUAGACCUUCACCUCGUUUGUAAACUUUACACUUCUUAGAACUUAAUUGUUUCUCAACUUUGUUAGAAAUAAUUGUUCUUGUAUUUAUCUUUCUGCUUUUUCUCAAGAAUGAUUCAGAAUGCCAUUUUUCUGAUAGAAAUGGGAUUUUGAUGACAAUUAAUGGAAAGGCAUAUGAUUUCUAAUUUUUGAAGAACUGUUUUUUUUGUGCUAUCUCUUUUAAAGAGAUCAGAAUGAGAUAGAAUUAUCUUAUUUUUUGUUUUCAGGAUUUCUGGAAUUUUAGUUUGUUUUGUGUUUGUAGUUUUGUUUUUGUUUUUUAAAUUUUCCAAGUGCUCCUAUGUGUUUCAAUUCAGUUAUUUCAUUAUGCAAUUUCUAAAUUAUGAGUUUAGCAUUACUCUCUACAUUAAGAAUUGUAACCAAGUUGUUUAAAAUUGAAGUCAAGCUAUGUACCAGUCUAAAAUUCAUGUUUUAACCAACCAUAUUUGUGGAAACUUUCAAUAUCGUAUUCAGUCAGUGUUUUAACAUUAUUUAACCAUCUGCUCUAAAUAUUUUUCAUAAUUUGUAUCAUGUAUAGUUUGCUAUAAUGAUGUAUGGAAAUAAAGCAUAAUUUCAUAACAUGCCA